AGUACCGGGAAGGCUGUCAAAGAGACUUCCUGGAGAGAGUGGACGGCGGAGCUACUGGAGUCGCCCAGACUACACAAACAGUCAUCACACUGGCUCGUACCCCAUUUAUUGCCCUCGUCGUUCUCCGUCCAACUUCCGCACGCUCUGGUCAAACAGGUCUUGAUUGACUCUGCCUGCGUCUUGGCCGACCUUGGCUACACCUUCUUGAAGGAGAGCUUAUGGCUCGCCGUGCUCUCCCACAUCUCGCUCGCCAUCACCACGUUCUUCCUCGUCGAAAUCCCUCUCACGAUAUGGGCGCAAGGCUGGACGUUCUACAAGCCCGGCGGACAGGCACCGCAUUCGUCGUUACACUUCUUUGAUGCUGUCGUAUGUCACGACGUUGUCCUCGAGGUCGUUCUCCGAGGACGCGAGAGGGAGCUCGCCGGCCUGCUCAUCAUCUCCGACUGUGGCGUUUGGAUGAUUGUCGCAUUAGCUGAUACCCGAGAGGAGAACCACAAGUUACGAUUACACAUUGAAGAGUGGAGACCAAGGCCACUAGCAAUGUCGCAGGACGAGGCCUCAGAUCGAUUUACACAAUAUUAAAAAGGCGUCGUUUGAAUAUACAGAUAUCUAGGAUGUACAGAGUACUAGCUGGUGGCUACAAAGGAUGGGAUCUAUGAUACA